ACCAUCACUCUCAUCAGCAUCUCUCCGGCGACUUUAACGCCUCUGUGUGACAGUCGAGCGCAGCCAGGGGGAUAAACUUGUAUGGAGUGUUCGCCAAAAACAUCCGCACGGUUAAUUGGGGGAAUUAACACACUUUUGCUGACUUUCUCCUCAGUGGGGUUUUGUGAUGGGACGUGGCAAGAUCAUGGCACAUUGGAGCACAUCGCUAUUGUGCGAGCUUUGUUUUCUCACCCGGCUCCGGAGGGCUGGUACUCUGGCGUGGCAGUAGCCCUACCUCACCCUGCUUCAGUGUGACUGUGCGCGGGCUCCGGGAACUGGACAGGAGGCUCAAAAGGAUUGUUUAUUGGAAAGCCAAAUCAGUGUGGAGUUGAAUCAGAAAGUGGCAAAGCGCUCUUCUAUCUCACCUGGAUCCUUUACAAUUCCCCGUGAUCAUGCCAUCGAGUUUAUAGAUUUGGGGGCUUCUUCUGUUUGAGGUGAGGAAGACGAGAGGAAGGAGGAAGAGGAAGAGGAGGAGGAGGAGGGCUGAGGUGUGAGUGGAGUGGAUGCAGCCAUGGCCUGUUCACACUGUCCAUAGAGGAGCUACUGAGUGGGAGAGAGAUCAAAGAAGACAGAGGAUGAAACUGUGGGGGAGGUCAACUUGGCCUGUGCAGGUGGCCUUCCUCGUUGCCUUGGUGAUGCUUUGCGUUGACCCGGUAUCCGCCGGCAGCCGUAACCAUCGGGGACCGACAGUCUCAUACCAGGUAAAGCAGGGGACAUGUGAGGUGGUGGCCAUCCAUCGCUGCUGUAAUAAGAAUAAGAUUGAGGAGCGCUCUCAAACCGUCAAGUGUUCCUGUUUCCCUGGGCAGGUCGCUGGCACCACCAGAACCAGACCCUCAUGUGUGGAAGCCUCCAUCGUAGCCCAGAAAUGGUGGUGCCAGAUGCAUCCGUGUAUGGACGGAGAGGAGUGUAAAGUCCUGCCUGACCUGACUGGCUGGUCCUGCAGUACUGGCAACAAAGUCAAAACCACCAAGGUUACACGAUAGCAAGAGAGCCGCUGAGCCAUGAGGAAACCUGAAACUCUCCAUGUGGAAAGGAUGGAUGACUCACACAUAUUUACUGCACAAUGGGGAAAAUAUCAAGGAAAGGACAACUGUCAGGCCAUCCAUCACAACACAAUGGGAUAAAAUGUACUCAUCACAAACUAUGUACACUUGGCUACAUGGAGCCACACAUACAGCAGUUUGCUGCUUGUUGAGAACAAUGGACUUCAAUCAUGGACACCCAGGGUAAAUCUGGACACAAAUGGACUCUUAUUUUCCAGUAAUGGACAAAAUAUGGAUUAAUAAAAAACAAAGGUCGAUUUCAAAGAGUGAUUAAGCAUUUCAAAGUAUAUAUUUCAACAAAGCAUUUAUGGAUGACUGUGAGAUGUGAACUAAAAGCUGUGCUCUGAGUGCUGCUGGAUACAGUCCAGACAUGUUGUCAAUAUGUAGAGCUUAUACUGGAGACAGUGGAGAUGAAUUGGGAGAAAUGAAAGAGAAAGCAGCUCAUAACUAGCAAAUAGCAAAUUAGCAUCAAAUUGCUCUUGUGGGUCAAGUCAUUUUGCAGUUCUAAUGAGGAUUUGCAGUGUAGGAUCAUAACAACAUAUUAAAAAUUCAUGUAAGAUAUUUGCACUAGUUGAAAACCAUUUGGGAAUGUUUUGUUUUUCUAGAUAUCUCCUAUCUUUUGCUGUGGAUGUCACAUGAAAUUGAAGGUGAGCAUUUUGUAAAAUGUCUGACACUUGAAGUAGAUACAUAUAAAGUAUAUAUGACGCACCAUUACUCCGGAGUAGAUAUUGGUUAAAAAUGGCUCUGACUAUGGAGCCUCACUUGCAUACAGCUUGGUACAAUAUGAACUAGCAAAGCGUGAUUCAUCUGUUUCAUUUUUGCCAAGAAACAUUUCCAAGCUCAGCCUUCAAAGUUAUAUAUCUUUGGUCUAUUAUAUUCAGUCUGUGACAUCUCUUAUGUUAACUGUUAAAAAGGAGGCCCAUAAAAUGU